AUGCUCGCAUCUAGACCUCGCGACUUCGCCGACUGCUCGGACAUUGUCCCCGCUUCCUUGCAAAACCUGACGGACAUCCUCGGAUUACCGACCCCCACGGAGCCCCAUUACACCCACACCAACUCCGGAAUACGCAUUCAGCUCCCCCUCCGUUCCACGCAGACCACGGGCGUUUUCAUAGCUGCACUAGCAUGCCGAGACGAUUCAUCAAGUUAUUGGCAGGCGCUGGUCUUGAGGCAAAUCGACGGCGAACAUACAUACGAACGUAUCGGCCCGGGAUAUAGGGAGCAGUGGAUCAUCAUCGACGCUACCAGUCACGUUUCAUGGAAGUGCACGACCAUUUACAUCAAACGGGAGUGCGAACCCAGGGAUGUUCUUGAACGUGGUGUUGUGCAUGAAGACUUGUUAAAUUCAGUUAUUCGUAUAUACGAUAACACUCAAUAUCAGCAGGAGCAGACACCGGAGCAGCAGAGAGUCAGGUUGCCAUACUUGUCUUCGGCACUGGCUGAUGUGAUAUACGGCAUCCCCAUGUUCAAUCGGUACUCCGAUGCAAGAAUUCCCUCGCUACCAUUAUGGUGCACCGAACUGGCCUCCACGGACCGGAAGGAACCAAUAUCCACAGAUAUCUUGAGGAUACUGUUGUGCGACUCGGAAGCCUUAUUGUAUCAAUUUAUGCACUCAAUACCAGGUUACAUUUACGGAGAAAUGGAGUGGAAGAAAACUUUGCAAAAAUGUGCCGAGGACCUUGAGUGGCUCAAAUCAGGUCUGGUUGCCUUUUACAUGAAUAAUAACGCAAGUAUCGACCUCGCCUCCAACAUUCUGAGGGCCGAGCGCUCCGAACAGGGGUCCAGUGGCGUAGAGAUUUACAGCCAUAAACAGAUACCAUUGGAUGAACUUGUGCAGAGAGACCUGUGCAAAUUCGUUCUAGAUAUCUACCAUCCAACUCAGCCUCAAUUGAGUAUGGGCCCGGUGAUCGAUGAUUGUUACUCACAGGAAAUUGAUGAUCCUGACAUACGGAAGCUUUGGAAGAAGAUGGGAUGGCACCGGUCAAUCGAAUCCCGUACAUUUGCACUUAAUCUCUACCAUUACUGUAUCGACUUGGAACGUGGAUCACGACCCACCCUUGGAAGCAGAGUAUCCAUCACGGCAUCACAGCUGCCUGGGCUUCAAGACAGUUUGCUUUCCGGCUCGGACACGGACAUGGGGCGGGGUAUCACACUUCAAGAAGCAGCACAGGAUGCCUGGGCCCUCACAGAAGCUAUUGAUGUCCGGAUUGACGGCUUCAUCGAUAUUGAGGAUGUGAACCAGUUCACAUCCUCAAAGCCCGAAUGUAUCACACUCAUGCAGUGGAUCGCAUACUCUGUGUACGGUUCGACAUUCACCACGCAUAUAUACUGCCUACGCAUCGAAUCAAUCAUCACGAGGAUCCCGGAACUCGAACCCGCAGAGGAAAACCGUGAGGUCGCCGUUGGGUACAUGGACAGGUGGUUACCCCGUGUUGUGGCGCUCUUGCAAGACAUUCGAGUGCCGAAUCCAACCGUACAGCAUGAGGAGCAGCUCCUCGAGCUGACACGCACAAUUAUGACGAUCCAAGAGAACAAGAUCAAUGCUGAACUAACACUGCUCAACUAUGAGUCUUAUGAAGGCUCUCACAAUUUUGAGAGAAUCAUGAGCACCUCCAGUGAUCGUGGAUGCCUGCAAUAUCCAAUUUCUGACAUAGAACAGAGACUCCUUCCGACUUUAUAUCUGGUCCUGAAACACCACUACGCUAUUCUCUCAAUCGCUCAGGAAUAUGUCUUGGAGAAGUUUGCCCUGUCCAGAGCCUCUGAGACGAUGAAGACCAUCUGGUAUCUGGUGGAUUCACGUCUGAAUCACCUCCGUAGCAGACAACUUUCAACUCCAGGGAUCGAUGAGACCAUGCAAUUGUUGAUGCGCCGCAUGAAGGAGUUGAAGAAGUACGACCCCAAGUUCCAGGCGAAUACAUCAUUCGAUGUCGACGAGUCGCUGUUCCUUUCCGUCACAAGUCUAGCUGGAUACCGACUCCGUGUGGUGAAAUCCUACCGAAAGCGAUUGGGAAUCACGCUAGUACCCUCGGUCGUGGAUGAUCAGGUGGAGCAGUGCCUGGAGAUCAGUGGUACCGCAGGUGUAAUGGACCAGGAACAUGAAGCCGUCGAACAGUGUGUCUAUGACGAUAUUGGUGAUGGCGGAGAUGACGUGGAUUACUGCUCGCCAUGCUACGAGAGUCUGGAAUUGCUCCCCCCACCAGACGUAUCCGGGUCUGAUGCUCAUAUCUCCUACCAAUUCCUGAGGAUAGAACAAGAUAUCGAGGCCAUUGGCGACGACGAUGUCUUAGACAGGAUAUUCGGGCGUCCAGGAUGGCAUCUAGCUAACUGGGCGGAAGGGCCAGAACUCUCUGAAGACGACUAUGACUUCGACAACGAGUUCUAUCCACUUCUUGAGCAUUGUCUCUCUGCUUCAGAAGACGUCAACCAGCGACUCAUGCACGCCGUGUCCGCCUACUGGAAACAGCGCAGAAAUUUCGACCACAGACAAACUAUGCCGGAGCUUUCAGAGCUUUCCGCCUUCCCGAAGGAGAUAGUGGAAUAUGUGACGUCUCAUUGCUUCGUCCGGCAGGCGGGGUCCGCAGACGCCCGAAGAAAGGGGAAAAUAACCUCAUCGCAUGCGCAGACUGUCCUGAUAUCUACGGCUCGGACACUUGUAGAAACUGCCGAGCUCGUGUAUCCGACUCAGAAUCCCUAUUCGGAUGUCUCAGCUGUACGGCCAACGAUCACCCCUACACAUAUUCUGCUCGUCCUGUCCAAGAAGCCUGGGCUCGCGGCUGACAAGGACUUCGAGAGGACCUCUCAUGCGAACACAGCGAAGUCGCUCAAGAACGCUCAAGUGGUCAUAGAGAACCUGACAAAGAAAUCAGAGACGACAGAAACCCAGAUGGCGCAGAUAAAGGAGAAAAUGGCACAGAUGGAGGCGGACAUGGAUGCCAGAAUUGCAAGGAUGGAGGCGGACAUGGAGAAGAGAUUGGCUCAAAUGAACGCGGUGAAGAGCGCGGAGAGAGCGCGGAGGGAGGAUGACUUUUAG